CAAAUCUAGAAUGUAUGGACGCUGCCUCGGUUGGACAGUUCGCACACUGAACUUGCAAGCCAGAGAUCGCCUCUUCAAUUCAACAUUUUGGCGCGACAUUUGAAACGGCGGUGAAUGUCAAACUCGCCAAGCGCAAACGUGGCCGAGCAGCGGAGCUCAGAGACGACGCCAGGAAUGGAGGCGGUGAAAGAGGCGAUUCAAGGUGAGGAGGAGGAGCAGGUGGAGAGGAGCAAGGAGGCGGAGAAGGAAAAUAAAGAAGAUGAGGACGAGGAGGGAGACGCGGGUUGCGACGACGAUUACAAUCGCCUGUUCGCCCAUCGCUUCACCGCGGAGGACAAGGACUUCCAAGAAUUUCUCAGCCGCCCGGUGGAGUUGCCGCCCGUCGUGUGGAACUGGAGGUCGCGAGGCGGUCGCAACGAUCGCCGGUUUGACCGGCGUGACCGCGAUGGCCGACGCGGCGAGGGCUCCGACGGGGGCUGGGGGCGCCACGGAGAGGGGGGACGCGGCUCCUAUCACCGUGACGACCGUUUCAACCCGUACAGACGCAGCAACCCCCACCCGUACAGAUGAGGGGGUGCCAUGGCAACGGCCUGGUUGCCCCCCCGUCCCGCCCAUCCCAGAUCCUCGGCACCACCCCCGCGUUUUCCUAGCCUCCUCUCACCAGCAUCCAACACUCAUUCCCACGGUCCCACCCACCCCGGCUCCUUCACUUCUCCCACUGAACUCCUGGGCUUAGCCGACCUCAUCCCUCGGCGUUGGGGAGGGUCGGGAGCGCGGUGCCGCUGACAAGCGGUAGCGCGUACGCCGCUCGUCGUACGUACGUUGUGUGCUGGAACUUCUUUCGCACCGUACGAGAGCAACCAUGCUAAUCCGGUGGCGUGCGGAGGAAAUCCCAACGGCGGUUUCGAAUCCCACCGGCCGCCCCGGUUAUUACCGCGGCGUGUGCCGACUGUUUAAAACGCCGGCGCCGCCCGCCUCACGGCGGACGUCGAAAAAUCCCGCGACGGCUUUCGUGGCGGCGGCGGCGGCGUUGGCGUUGCGGUCCGACCUUUUGGCAAAAAAAUUGACCGCGGAUCACUCGCGUGGGAUUAUUCGUGGCGAGCGUCGGUAGACGACCGAGCUCGCGCGCUCGUUGGUCGCGUUGGUUCUGGCUGCUUUCCCCGCCUGUCCGUCCGCGGUUUCCCGCGGGCCUCCGAGUGCUGCGCGCGUUCUGAAUUGCGCAUCGGAGGAUUUGCAGCCUCGUGUCAACGACGCGGCGCAAACUUGACGCGUCGCGCGACCGUUGCUCGAUGAACCCACCGGCACCUCCCUUCGUGUCACCGAUCUCGUCAACAAUCGCCGGGGGAAUUCCUCACCUGGAUGAGGGCGAGUUGAGGUUGUGGCCGGGUCUCACGAUGAUGACGUCGUGGGACGUGCAAUGGGGGGGGGGGCCGUGUCGACACCGCUCGGAUCUUGGGUGUCCUGCCCAAGGCCACUUUUUCCGUAGCGGCUCGAAUUGCGUCUUUAACCUGCACACGGGUCUCUAAUCCACGCGUCGUUCCUCCUCCGCCCCCUCUCAGAACGUUAAAUUUCAAACGCACAGCUCUCUCUUUCAACGCCGGUCUUUUUCCCACCCUCGUCAGCUUUUGUUCCAUUUUUUUUGGUUUUGGUUUGUUCGGUGACGAUGUGUUUCUGGACCCCCAGGUGUCACAGCAGGUAGUGCGCACUGACCUUGUUCGUUUGUCUCCGAUGAUUGUUUUCUUUACUCUGCUUUGGUUCUUUCGGUAAAGUCACGUGGGUAGAAGUAAAUAAAUACAACCUUUCUCGCAACGAAAACGGCGUCAUUCGUUACGUGCACGGGCGGCUAAAGGCCCGAACUGCUAACGCGACUUUUCGAUUUAAAGCUUCUUUCGUGACUGUAGGGAUUCAUCUUCUUGGUUCUUUCGGUAAAGUCACGUAGAAGGGAAAUAAUAAAAUAAAAAAAAUAAAACAUAAUAAAAUAAUAUAUUUUAUUAUGUUUUAUUUUUUUUAUUUUAUUAUAUCCCUUCUACGUCACUUUACCGAAAGAACCAAGAAGAUGCUAACGCGACCUCAAGUUUCGGCCAACUCGCAAACGCGUGUAGAUAGCGCCCCGGCCUUUGAUCGUCAUGCACAAGAACAUCGGCAGUUCCUGAAGGAACAGUAUUGUGGUGGUCCCCCUUGUCGUCAUGCUACAGUCGAUAUAAAUGUGACCGCCAGACGGCAGCGGCGAUGCAGAGAUAGACAACCAUGGACCAGUUCCAUCCUCACUGGGACUUAUGACCACAGUGUAGUCGCAUAUCAGUACGGUUGGCUACGUACGGCGCGAAAGAAGUUCAACGUACGCAUCGCGUCAGUCGGGUCAAUUUGCUGAAAUGUAUUUUGAUGGUAACCUCGGUGGAAUGAGAGGACCACAAUGCAGUUCAUCAGGAAAUGCUGAUGGAUGUUUGCAUAUUGCACGACGUUUGUAUGGGCGCUGUUUACCAGAGGUGGGACAAAGUCAUUGUUAUGCAAGUCCAAGUCGAGUCUGAAGUCAUCAAAUUCAUGACUCGAGUCUGACUCGAGUCCAAGUCACAUGACUCGAGUCCACACCUCAGAGGUGGGACAAAGUCAUUGUUAUGCAAGUCCAAGUCGAGUCUGAAGUCAUCAAAUUCAUGACUCGAGUCUGACUCGAGUCCAAGUCACAUGACUCGAGUCCACACCUCAGAGGUGGGACAAAGUCAUUGUUAUGCAAGUCCAAGUCGAGUCUGAAGUCAUCAAAUUCAUGACUCGAGUCUGACUCGAGUCCAAGUCACAUGACUCGAGUCCACACCUCUGCUGUUUACUCAAUCUUGCAUCUUGCCGUUUGUACUUUGGCCAAGAAAUCGCCGCAUCUUGCAGUCUGCCAGUUAGUUUGUAAUGCAGCAAGAAUUGGUGAAAGCUGCCCUCUGCUAGGAUGGACGGCCUUGCGAUGUCUUCAGUAAAUGUUGAUCGUACGCUGUUGUGCGUUUUUUUUUAUCUACAAAUGUUUAUAUUUUAUACCGUGGUUCUUUUUCAUUUACAAAAAAGCAUCUUGACCGUUUUUGGUUCGUAAAUUAGAAGCAUUGAAUAAAAUAAAACUUUAAAUUGAAA